GUGUGUGUGUGUUGAAGUUAAUUUUAUUAUAUCGAUGGUUUUAACCAGUAGUUAUACCAAGAAUUUUCAUCUUAUCUACCAUUCUUAUAUUUUUGAUCGUUAUUUAGUGUGAUAAAAAGUGGUGAAAGGAAUUAUUGCGAAAAAUGAUAAUAAUUCAGCUUUUUUUUCGCAAUAUUCAGGUAAUUUCAUUAGCGGUGUGUGUGUGUGUGUGAGAGAAUUAUUUUUCCAGUUAAAUUUGGAUUAUAUUCGACGAAUUUGGUGAUACAAAACAACCAUGAUGAGUAUAAAAGCCACGAAAAAUUGGUUCGAUUUGAUCAACAACAAAAAAAAAAAAUUUGCGAAAGAAAAAUCAACAUUUUUUUUUUGUUCUGAAGCAUCCAUCCAAUGUUUUAAUUCUAAAAACAAAAUUCAACAAUAGUGAAUACGAUUGAAAAUGAACUUAACACGGCAACAAAUCGACAUGUACAUGUCGAUAUUUAUGAAAACAAUGCCCGAACAAUCAUAUACAAUGGAAUAUGAUCCAAAAUCAAAUCGUUAUGAGAUCCAUUUAAAAGAUGGUGAUGAUUAUUCAAAUUGUCAUCGUUAUCGUCAACAUUGUGAUGCAUUUAUUGAAAAAUCUAAUAGUGGUAAUAAUAUUGCCUGUCUUAUGUUACGUCCAAUGCAACAGCCUAAAUAUACAAUAUUAUUCAAUCAUGGUAGUACAGUAGAUUUGGGAAAAAUUUGUAAUUUUCUUUACACAUUGGCUAAACGUCUUGAUUGUAAUAUAUUUACUUAUGAUUAUUCUGGUUAUGGACAAAGUACUGGCCAGCCAUCAGAAAAAAUGGCAUAUGCUGAUUCGGAAACAGUUUGGUCAUUAUUAUUGAAUAAAUAUCGUUUACAACCACAACAGAUUUUAAUCUAUGGCCAAAGUAUUGGUACUGGACCAACAUUAUAUCUGGCUAGUAUACAUCGUCAUGUUAAAGGUGUUAUAUUGCAUUCAUCAUUUCAAUCAAUAGCUAAACUAUAUAUUCCUUGGCUAAAAAAAUGUCCAGAUUAUGAUGUUUUUCGAAAUAUCGAAAUGAUUGAAAAGGUAGAAUCACCUGUACUAUUCUUGCAUGGUAGUGAUGAUCGUAAUGUACCAUUAUCGCAUGUUAAAAUAUUAUUUGAAAAAUGUCCAAAUCCUGUCAUUCCAUUGUGGAUAGAAGGUGGCCAUCAUGAUGAUCUUUAUACAUUUGAAUCAUAUGUAACAAGAUUGAAACGUUUUAUUGAUCAAGAUCUUGAAUAUGAAACAUCUGGAUUUAUAUUCUGGUGAAAAGAAUUGGAUUUUUUUUUUUUGAUUUUGGUUCUUCAAAUAUAAAUUAAUAUGCAGUGGAUUGACAUUAAAAAUCAAUAAGAAAAAAUGAAAUUCCGUUUUCUGUUUUGAUUCACACCCACACACACACACACACAG